UCGGCGACGUCCGACCACGUGGCUGGGCCGGCUCCCCGGCGAUAUAUAUAACCCGCGCUCCGUAGUCCAUCCAUCCAUCACCCAACCAAGCCUUCGUCCUCCUCCCUCACUCACAGUGGUGGACACCAUGGCCGUACAAGCGCAAUUCGGCGGCCUCCUGCUCCCACCCUACGCGGUCGAGGACCAGAUGCGGGCGCUCAAGGACUACGGCGUGCUCCUGUCCGCCGCGCAGAGCGAGCUGACGCGCAACGUCGUCGUCGGCGGCGGCGGGGCGGCCGCCAUGCCCCUGCCGUCGCGCAAGCGCCACCGCAGGGAGGACGAGCACCGGCACUACAACGUGGACGUGCCUCUCCCGGGGAUGGGGUCGCUGGCCGCAGACCCGACGGCGGCGGCGUCGACGAGCGGCCGGGCGCCCGCCGACGCCGAGGUGGACGCGCUGGUGCGGGCCGAGUGCGAGCAGCUGCGCGCGGGGCUGGAGGCGGCGCGGGCGCGGCAGCGCCGGGCGCUGCUGGCGCGCGCGGCCGCGUCCGUCCUUGCGCGGCGGGCGCGGGAGGCGGAGGCCCGGCUGGAGGCCGCGCGGCGACGCGCCGCGGAGCUCGACGAGUGGGUCCGCCUGGCCGCCGCGGAGGCGCAGGCGUGGUGCGGCGUCGCGCGGGCCAACGAGGCCGUCGCCGCGGGCAUGCGCGCCACGCUCGACGCGCUCCUCCUCCGCUCCUCGGCCGCCGCCGCCGGCCGCGAGGGCGAGGGCGACUCGUCCGAGCCCGGGCCCGAGGACGCGCAGUCUCGCUGCUCCUGCUGCUACGUUGAGGACGUUGAGGCGACGGGCACCGCUGCCGCCACGCCCUCGCCAUUGUGGAACGGCAGGUGGGCGUGCAGGGCGUGCGGCGAGGGCGAGGCGUCCGUGCUGCUGCUGCCGUGCCGGCACAUGUGCCUGUGCAAGGCGUGCGAGCCCCGGACGGACGCCUGCCCGGUCUGCUCCGGCGCCAAGAACGCGUCCAUCCACAUCGCGCCCAGCUGAUGCCCACCGCGCCAAGUCGUUUGUUUGCGGGGCCUAGCAUGGCGCGUCGAUUGGAUUCAAUUUGCUCCGUAGGGUUCGUCAAGUAACCUAGAUGAGUAGUUAGGAGUUUGAUAGAUUCGAUGCCGUUGAUUUUCUUUUAUGCACGAUGUUAAUGGAAAAUCAGAAAGAAGACCGACUUGUCAUGUAAACCGGCAUGCUUCCUUGCUCUGUUUUCUCAGCGUAUUUGUUGCUCUAGAUUUUCGUUUCUUCUGUUUUGACGCCAAGAAAUAUAUAUAAUGUAGGGCCCGCUUCCUCAUUUAAAAAAAA